GUUAGGGUCUACGUGGUGAGGAGUGAAAUCGUUCUGAUUGUGCACCUAUCACCAUGGUUGAGACCCGAAAAGGGACGGUUACCAGCCCCUAUACCGCUGAACGGCAAGAGAAAAUGGUCGCCUUAGUCAGGGAGAACAGGGAGAGGAAAGAGCGGGAGAAGCAGGUGAAGCUAAAGGCUAUCCCAGAUGAGCAGGCAACGAAGAUGAGGGAAUUAGAGGAGGAGAUGGAGAAAAAGAAGAAGGUUGCUGAAGAAGAAGCGGCAGUAGAAGAAGAAAAAGAGAGAAUGAGGAUAGAGAGUAGAGAGGGAAGUAGUGGAACGAAGAGGGACACAGACGCAGAGACGGAGAAGAAGAUAAGCGAGUGGGUUGCUAAUUUAUCGUUGGGGGAAGGCGAAGAGGCGGAGUCCAACGUGACUGAGGAUGAGAGAGCUGCGCUGGUCAGUGAGCUAGCAGCAAUGACAGAUCCUAUGGAAUGGCGCGAGAGGGAGGAGGAGUAGAAGUUGGCGUGGAAGUUAAGAAUGAAGAGGGAGAAGAAGA